UCUCACACACAGACACAGAUAUGACCAAGACAGCAGCAAUAGCGGCAAAGGACUUCUUCAGUAUGUGGUUGCCAGAUAUCAGGAUGUCAAAGCCAGUAGAGGUCGAGAAAGUAGGGGCUGAGUCACCGAUGGAGGGCACAGAUUCAGAGCGGAAUGGACCUGAAUCAAAUCACCAGGCUCAGUCAAUGAAAGUCAAUCCCUUUCCCCUUUCACCAACCCUGAGCAGCAGCAAGCAUAAGAUGGAGGAUUGUGGUGAGAUGUCCCCGGCCCUUCCUCUCUCUCACGGCCCGACCCCCUCACAGACGGCCCUGCAACAUACACAGCUCAUGCUGACCGGCUCCCAACUAGCAGGGGACAUCCAGCAGUUGCUGCAGCUUCAGCAGUUGGUGUUAGUGCCCGGCCACCCGCUCCCAUCCCCUGCCCAGUUCCUCCUCCCACAGGCACAGCAGGGCCAGCAAGGACUCCUAUCGACACCAAAUCUCAUUUCGCUACCUCAGCAAAACCAAGGGAGCCUGCUGUCUGCUUCAACUAGAAUGGGACUCCAAGCACAGCGAGAUAAGAGUAUGGAUGUGAGCGGUGUGACCACGGUGCCCUCGGUGACCUCUCACCCUGAGGAGCCCAGUGACCUGGAGGAGCUGGAACAGUUUGCCCGUACUUUCAAACAGAGACGCAUCAAACUGGGCUUCACACAGGGAGAUGUUGGUUUGGCCAUGGGGAAGCUGUAUGGCAACGACUUCAGUCAGACCACAAUAUCCCGCUUUGAAGCCCUCAACCUAAGCUUUAAGAACAUGUGCAAGCUGAAGCCACUGCUGGAGAAGUGGCUCAAUGAUGCAGAGACCAUGUCCACAGACUGUACCAUGCCCAGCCCCAGCUCCCUGUCCUCUCCCUCUAUGGGCUUUGACGGGAUUCCUGGUCGCCGCAGAAAGAAGAGAACCAGCAUCGAGACGAAUGUACGCGUGGCCCUGGAACGCGCAUUCAUGACGAACCAGAAGCCUACCUCAGAAGAGAUCCUGCUGAUUGCAGAGCAGCUCAACAUGGAGAAGGAGGUGAUCCGGGUCUGGUUCUGCAACCGCCGGCAGAAAGAGAAACGCAUCAAUCCCUCCAGUGCCACCCCUCCCCUGCCCAGCCAGCCCCCCACUGCCCCACCAACGCACAAACCGCCCUGCUACAGCCCUCACAUGAUGUCUAGCCAGCUGUCCCAGGCCGUGACCAGUCUCAGCACAACAGUGACUACCAUGUCGCCCGUCUGCUCCCUGACUUCCAGCCUCACCUCCACCCACCCCUCUCUCAGCUCUGCACCCUCCCCGGUGACUCCUCCUCCUCCCCGCAGCACGGCCAGCCCAGCCACUCCCAGCCACAGCACACUCAACCUCAACACAGGCUUAUGGCGUAUGGGUAAAAAGAACGGUGACGUGUCUAACUACAUCACCGAUUUUGCUGCAAACUUGAGGAACACUGUGAUGGGAGUUAACACAGGGAUGAACCAAGCCCUCCUCGGUAACAAUCCCCUGGCCACUAUCCAAGCCCUAGCAGCCAGUGGUGGCCAGCUGCCCCUUUCCAGUCUUGAGGGGGCCAGUAAGGUGAUGCUGGGGGCCUGUGGGAGCCAGGGAGGGGGCCUCCCCUCCUCCUUCUUCCUCAACCAUCCCGCCCUCCUCCACAUGGGCCAGAACCCCGGCGCUGGACUGCUCAGCGCUGCCAUAGCCAAAGCCUCCCAGGCCUCCCCCUUCCCCUCGGCCAGCAGCAUCAGCCCCACCCUCUGCUCCCCCUCGCCCUGCUCCAGCCCCGCCUCUUCCUGCUCCUCCAGCGAAAUGGCACACAGCCCGCCCUCUCUGGGCGGAGCCAAGAUUGAGUGACAGCGCCAAGGGCCAAUCAGAGAGGAGGAGGAAGGAGGAAACGAGAACAUCGCCUUUCACACCAAAGCUAUCUCUUUCUCUCUCUUGCGCUCUUCUUCCGUUAUUUUAUUUUUUUUGCAAUGGCUCUCUCUCUCUCUUUCUCUCCCAGUCUUUCGAUGCCAAAAAUACACAGAAUGAAAGAGGAGAGAGGGAGA